AUCCGGUUGAAGCGCCCGACAUUCGCUUUUCGUCCUCUCAUUUUCGUAAACAACACCGCUGCCAUGAGAAGGCAAUGAGUAGGACUUCUCUGGCAGAGGCUGUAUACGCGUGGCCGCGUGAGAGUAUUUCGAGAGGGGAGCGGACUCUCCCCACUCUCGGCCGUACCAGGGCAUUUUGGGGCUUCAUGUGAGUUCGGAAGCCAUAAUACGGGAGUGUUCUAAAGUUUCCAGUUCUCAGCACUCUUUGAAAUGAUCCGGGUUCAUAGGAAUUGUCCAUUUGGUACAAGGGAUUUUACAUCAAAAUUUUGAUUGCUUAGUUUUUCUAACAAAUAUUUCAAUGUUAUAAGACCUACUAAUAUAAUAUAAUUGUUCAUCGCUUUUUUAAUGUAAUUUCAAUAUUCACCUAACGUACUUAAACCUUAGAACGUUUUGACUGAAUAUCUUCUUACGAUGCACCAGAUCGAAACUAAUGAUUAAUGUAGCUGAACUGCUGAAACAAUAAGAUGGAGAAUGUAAAUGAGGGUUUGUUAGAAUAUUAUGUGGUCUUAGCUGGACGCAAAUUUUAAAAAAACCCAGGGGAAGCAUAAAGUUUCAUUAAAAAUAAUCACCCGCACAUUAAGUGAGCCACUAAGUGUCCUGCUAUUAUCGAGUAACUAAAUUUUUAAAUUUAUCCGUUAUUUCUAUGUCACUAAAGUGUAGUGCAAACUUAUUUUCUCAUUUAACUACGUACACAACUGAGUAAUGUUGACCAUAUGAUUGAUAUGAAACUUUAUAUCGAGAGCUCAAGGCGUGAUAUAAUGCCUUGGGGGAAACAGUGACUCCAUCAACAUCACAAGCCUCUUUCCAAAAUAUAUUAAAGAGCAUGGAAAAUAGUUAUAGAACUUAUUACUGACUAUUAUAAAAUAUUGAAAGUUGAAUGAAGUAUAACUCAGUUUACUGUGUUCCAAAAUCCAACAUCUUUUUACAACUAGAAAUGGAAGUUUAGUCAGUAAAACAUCAAACCUUUUGCACCUUAAUUUUUGUAAAGUUUGUUAAGAAGGUAGCUUGUUAUCAGAGCACUCGAAUUUCAACUGCCAGAGUAGUGUGUUAGCAUCAACAGUCUUGGUAUAAUAAAGCCUGACUGAAAUCUGGGCACUAAAGUUUGGAUCUGGUCACAGAAUUGUGCUAACAAAUUAAUCAUAAGUGACAGUUCAAGAAUUACUUUUUAUUUUCAAGAAUUUUCACUAUUGAAGAUGAUAUUUAACAAGCCAUAGGAUAAAUUAUAGAAAAUUAAUAAAAUGUUUGUAUAUGUGAAUUAUCAGUUUUAUCUAAAAAAGUAUUUUCUUGUUUUUUGAAUAAAUUUAGCAUACGCAGGUUUUGUUGUUUCCUUUUUAUUACUGUUUGUACAGAAUAUUUGAAUACCAUUCAUUGUGAUAAUUUAUCAAGGUUGUAGUAUGAUUCGGAGUCCAUUUUUUCCUCAAUAAACUAGACUUUUCCUACGUACAUUAACGGCAAUUAUCGAAUUCAUAGAACCAAUUAGGCGAACUAAGUUCAGAUGUGUAUUCAUAAUACUAUAAGUCAAGAAUGAAAUUAUCCUAACUUAUCUAUAACAUAUCCCCCUUUCGCCAAUACAUUAUUGUAAAUGAUUUUUAACCUAAAUUUAGUGUGUCAAGUACGGUUAAUUUUUACAGUUCUUCCUUAAAUAUUUUGAAGUUCGAUAUUCGAAAGAAAGAAACAUAGCGCGACAAAGUAACUUACUCUUAAAUUUAAAUGUUUACUACUCGGAUCAAAAUUUAGAAUAUUUGUCAGAAAUUUGAGUGGUUGGUUAUAAUCGGAGAGAAAAUCUGCAACCAGGUUUACAUAUAGUUUGUACUUUUUUAACGAGAUAUGGAUCCAAUCUUGGGAGUAAAUGGUGGUCCUCAUGAGAUUCCGGAUGACACAGGUAAGUCAAUCACUUAUACUCAACGUCCAACCUCUCCUCAUUAUCACAGCUAAGUGAAGUCGUUAAGGUGAACGCCAGAGCAAUAUCUGUAGUCUCAGUAAUGGUAGUAGAGACGGUUCGUUAUAUGAAAAUAGGUGUAAGUAGAUUUUGAAACUCAGGAUCUAAGAGAAAAUGAUAAAUGAAUACAUCAAACAUAAAAUCACAAAAUACAAAUAUAUAAUUAAGGUGGCCAAUUUUCGUUACUGAUUUCAGCAGAAAAACUAUUGAAGGCCAGAAGGCGCUGAUUGUUAAGACUGUUUUUACCUUAGACAACCUCGAAACAUGUUGUGUCCUACUAACUUAUGUGUGCUCACUAGUGAAUAACUUUGAAGAGAAUUUCUAAAGUUCUAGUGAAAAAAAAUAAUCAUUUUAAAAGUGGAACAAAUAUCACCGGUGGAUUUUGAUGUUCUCUACAUUUCAUAUAAACCAGAAUUGUGAAUGAGAGUCUCUGAAAUCAAAAUCAGUGAUGUUCAAAACAGAGUUACUUAAAUUUAAGAAUUUUACCAAGUGGUUUGAAUGUUGCCUUGCUUUGUUUUUGGUUCGGACUUUCAGUUCUAACUAUAAAUGGGUUAGAAAUUUGCGACAACUGCGGUUCCUAAUGCUAGAUAGGUAGGUAUUCAGCUAACAAGGAAUAUUUUGAAUUUUAUAAGUAAAGAUCUUUAAACACGACACAACUGCGUGAGAUUUUGUAUGGGAUGAUAGACAUAAGCAUCUUAAGAUCUGGUUUUUGUUAAUAAACGUAUAAAGAUAAUACUCGAAUUCCCAUACGAAGUUUACAGUAUUUCUGUAUUGUUUUCAAUUAUCUGAAUGAGGAUACUAUGAAUAUGGUGAAUAUGUUGAUCAGCAAACGAUUUUAUACAUUUUCACCACCUGCUUUCGGCAGUAUUAAACGGCCCGGUGAUGAUUUUUAUCCAUGGCAAUGUGUACUGGCUGAAGAAGCACCAGUACUUGCAACAACUGUUUAUCGUCAAGCCGUUGAUAAAGCUGAUUUUGAAUGUGUAAUAGAUGAAAGUGGUGAACUAUACCAACCUAGAACGACAACUUCAGUCAGGCGUUAUCAUCCAAAAGAUAACCCACCAACAAGUUUAGGAUAUUUAAAGACAUCAGUCGAACAAUUAUUAGAAAAUCUAAGUAAGUUAAAUGUACGAUUUAAAUAAAACUACUCAGUAAUUAUACAAGCAGUAAGAAUUUUAUACAAAAUUAUCUCUGUUUAUUUAAAUUGGAUUUGAGAUAACGCACCGAUGACAUUCGAUGUGAAUGGCAUCAUAUUGCAUAUUGAAUGAAGAACAAAUCUAAACCGUUGAAUUCUAACUCAUUAGUUUGUAAGUAUGGUCUCAUCAAGUGACCUGAAUCCCUAGGUUUCGACCCUGAGUAGAUGUCAUGAGGUGACGAGCCAUACACUAGGACGAAAUGUCCAUGUCGUGUACUUUGGUAUUCAAAGCUUCUCUAACUGACAUGACUUGACGACAAAGAAUAAGAACUUCAUUAUUAUCAGCAUAAAAUAUAAAACUGAAUAUAAUCAGUAGUUUUAAGAAAACAGUGACUUGAAUUCGCAGAAUUCUUCCAACAAAUCAGUGAUUUUAACAACAGAUUGUCACUUUACACCUUUUAUUUAACAACUAACAGUGAUGAAUUCAUUGGAAAUAGCCGACUGUAGCCCACCUAGUCCUAUAUUUUCACCAUUAACAGUAUUCUUUUCUAUAGGUGCGAUCCCAACCACUUGAAUGCAACUCGUCAAGUGUGGAUAAUUAGAACUUACAAAAAACUUAAAAAUACUUUACCAUUUCUAGCUGACGUUUAUGCUGAUGAUGUUGUUCAGACGAACAAUGAAAGCCCUGCAACUAAAUCACCCAGCUCAAAGAACAAAUCCCCACCAAAAGCUUUAACACUGUAAAAUAUCUUUAUAAAUUCUAUAUUCCAUUUUUCUCCUUCGUUCUUUCUCCCCCUGGUAAUCCGUGGAUUUCACUAGCUAAUAUUUAAACUCUGUCUUAUUACUACCUAUUUUGUAGGAUUAUGAUAAAUGAUAAAUUGUAGUCCAACUUUAUGAAAUUUCGAGUAUCAUAGGUAUCACGCAUUUUCUACAUAAAUUGGGUACUAAUGGACAUGGAUUUCAAGCAUAUAUGAAUAAGACAUAACGUUUGUAACAUGAAUGGAUAUUACAAUAAGUUGCAUUAUGUUUUUUUCAGAGUGGUCUCCAAUUCGUAAAUGCACUUAUCUUCAGAUUUUAUAAAUCAUCGAUUGCUUUUAUAUACAUUAAUUAAACCUAUCCCGUUGUGCAACACACUCAUUCGAUAAUACAUUAGAAGUUGGGUAAUAAAUGUUUUUUUCCUAGCAAACGUGUUCACCAGACAAACUAUCAAUGAAGGAAGAGAACGAAUGCAUAGUGAGAAGUAUGCGGAUUCAACUCAUCAGUCAAACCAAUGAGUAAAUUUUUGCAUGAAUUUAUAUUAUAGCUCAAGGAUAAUAUACUCAUACAGGUAUAAACAGUCACAUAUAUAUAAAAAUAUGAUAUAAUGGGAUAAGUUAAGGAUUAUUCAUAAAAAUAAUCACAUGGAUUACAAAUCUUUUUUGUGUCAAAGAAAAAUAGAUUUGUUUAACGUGUACAAUCUCCGUCUGGAGCCCAUGUAGGGUUACUACCGGUCCCGAGCCCAUAUAAAGAAGGACGAUUAAGCAUGGGGUUAGAAACCUCAUCCCAUAGAAACACAACUUCGCUGAAAAGACGCUAACCAGGAAAAACAUCACUUGAAUCGUUCGAACUUUGUCCUGAGAGUUGGGGGGUGUUCAUUUAGAAAAGUUAUGACGCCUCAUGUUGAAACCCGGGAUUCCUCAAAGAUCAUGAAACUGAUCUCUCUAUUAACAACCACAGCAACAAUCAAAAUAAGUACUUGGAAUGCCCGCAAAAUAUGAGAGACCAGGAGGACCAACAAAAUAUCUACGAAAACGAAAAAAUAAAACCUGUCAGUGCUCGCGAUAAGUGAAACUCACUAGACGCCGGCUGGACAGAAAAGACUAGGUUCAGGAGAGUUACCGUUGUACUCAUGAAGAAGAAAAUGCUUCUCACACACAAGGAGUUGCACCGAUCCUGUCCGACGAAGCAAGAGAAGCACUUAUAUGGUGGGGGUCUCAUGGAUCCAGAAUCACCAAAGCAUUCUUCAAGACAAAGAGGUAGGGGAUUACAAUGGGUGUUAUCCAGUGCUAUGCACCCACUAAUGAUGGCAACGAAGACUAUGAAGAUCCAUCUUAUGAGAGGCUUCGGUCAGUCGUAUAGAGGUGCCCAGGAAAGGACCUGAUCAUCCUGAUGCGAGGCCUAGAUGUUAUAGUCGGAAUGGAAAACACCAGGUAUGAAUAUAUUAUGGGAAUGGUGAGAGAUUUGUAAAUCUAUAUGCCCUGAAAAGAUGGUUGUAAGCGACACAAUAUUCAUCCACAAACGCAUACACAAGUUAUAUGGGUCUCACCGGAUCAUAUCACAGAGAACCACAUUAAUCACAACUGCAUCAAUAAAAGGUUUGAAAGGUCAAUGGAAGGCAUGAAGGAAAAAGAGGGGGAGCUAACAUAGCUUUAGAUCACGAUCUGGUGGUGGCCAAAAUGACUGUGAGAAAGCAUUUGAUAGCGUGGAUAGGAGAACCAUAUGGAACCUUCUUCGAUACCAAGGUAUGCCUGAGAAGACUGUCACCACUAUACGAAAGUUUUUACGGUGGACUACACUGCAACGUCGCUGUUGGAGGGUAGCUCACAGAUAUGGGUUAUGAAAUAAAACGCAGUACAAGAUCCCAGUUCGAAAUCUUCGUUGAAUUAUCAUAGUUUAUUUAUUUCCCCAGUACAUCAAAAUCUAUUGGAAGCGCGCUUGAAACGUCUAAAAUUAGAAGAGAAAAUGCUAAUGAAAGCAGAGAAACUAGACAUGUUGGAAAGAAUAAGAAAACCACUACCUAGAUGGUACACAAUUAGAACUCCACAAUUUUUCUAUGAAGCUCGUAAGCAUAAUGAAUUAUUGAAAAGACAUCAGUACUCAGAUUAUUUAUAUUAAAAUUAAUCUAACUUUGUAUGGUAGUAUCAUGUUUCAUGUUUUUGUACUUGAUAAAUGUAUUUGAUAUGUGUGAAAUACUUGGUAAUUGUUUAAAAA